CACGGCCACUCGCCUGCGCGACCUCUCCGCUCGGUGUUACUAUGGCCCACGCCUGCCUGCUCCGGCUGCUGCUGCUGCUCCUCGUGGGCGCCUCCGCCGCUACCGCGGAAUCGAUUCGAGAGACUGAGGUCAUCGAUCCCCAAGACCUCCUAGAAGGCCGAUACUUCUCCGGAGCCCUACCAGAUGAUGAAGAUGUGGCAGGGCUGGGGCAGGAACCUGAUGACUUUGAGCUGUCUGGCUCUGGAGAUCUGGAUGACUCAGAGGACCCCAGAAUCUUCCCAGAAGUAAUCCAGCCCUUGGAGCCCUUAGAUAACCACAUCCCUGAGAGGGCAGGGCCUGGGAGCCGGGUCCCCGCCGAACCCAAGGACCUGGAGGAAAACGAGGUCAUCCCCAAGAGGCUCUCACCACCCCUUGAAGGGAACGAGGAUGUGUCCAACAGGGUGUCCAUGUCCAGCACUGCCCAGGCCAGCAACAUCUUUGAGAGAACAGAGGUCCUGGCAGCUCUGAUUGUGGGCGGCGUCGUGGGCAUCCUUUUUGCCGUUUUUCUGGUCCUGCUACUGGUGUACCGCAUGAAGAAGAAAGAUGAAGGCAGCUAUGACCUGGGCAAGAAACCCAUCUACAAAAAAGCCCCCACCAAUGAGUUCUAUGCCUGAAGCUUCCUCCCGGGCACUGGCGUGGACUUGAGUGGGGUGGAAAGCUGAAGGAUUUUGGAGGGUGGACGUUAGGGUAGGGGGAGGGCCACCUAACACUGACCUGUCAGCGUCUCCAGCUUGGACUUCAUGUUAAGUAUCAGGAGAGACAUCAUCUUUUCUUGAUUCUCUGGGCCUCGACUGUCCUAGCGGAAACAUGAGGCUAACCUUGGCUUUUCUGAAGGCAAAUCUAGGAUUGGAUCGCUUCUUCAUCUUCCAGUUUAGAAUCUAGGCCCAGUGUAGAGCCUGUACUGACCAUGCCUCCUCCAGAGCCCCUCUGAAGCUGUCGUAUGAAUCCUGCUGGAGAUCUGCCCUCCAUCACCUUCCUCCCUCCUGCCCCAACACCCCAACCCCCCUCACAGCCGGUCCCAAUGCCAGGAACUGGGAGAAGGACCUCGAACCAUCUGCACCUUGAGAUAUGUCCGUGAAAGAGCGCUUGAGUCCACACUACAGGAGUCUCUGUGGUAUUCUUGGGCCAUUCUAGGCUCUUCCAAGUGACUUUUUGGAAAUCAACCUUUUUUACUGGGGGAGGGAGGGUGAGGACAAACGCUGAAAGCUCAUACUGAAAUGGAUUGGAGAAUAUUCGUAAAUCUAUUUUUAGUGGGGUGUUUUUUUUUUUGAACAGUUCA